AUGGACGAUAUACGUGAGGAAAUAUGGGAGAUAUUACGUAAAAUACAAGAAUCUUCCGGUUGUCACGUAAAGUACAUGAAAAAACUAGAAAGUCUCUACAAAAAGUCUGAUAUCGAAGAUUUUACCGAAGCAUUUACAUAUAUUCUACAAAUUGUAUUUUCAAAAAACUCGUCCAGUAAAGAGAAGAGAACAAUUUUGGCACUACAAUUUCUAACAUCAUUCCUAGCCCAAAUUAAAGUUAUCACAAAAGAUGAUGAUGAUGAUGAUGAUUUACUGGAUACACUCAGCGAAGAUUCACCACCGGAUUUCUUCACCAACAUGAUCACAUAUUCUUUAAAAUUCAUCGGUUUGACGUCUCAAGAUCAUCGAAUCAACUCGUGCAAGUUCAUAAACAUGUCCCUCGACAAAAUAGGCCACGCAGCCACUCUGGAUAACGAUUUAUGCGAUAAAAUCCAGGAGGGCAUGCUCGAGAGGCUCUGGGAUACCAAGUAUGAAGUGAAAUCACAAGCUGUAAAAGCCCUGACGAGGCUCCAAGACCCCGAAUCCAAAUACUGCCCGGUGAUCAAGAAUUUCCUCGAGUUGCUUCGAAACGUCAAUUCCAAGUUGAGAAACGAUGUCUUGACUGUGAUCGCAGGCAACGCAAUAACCAUUCCGCAUAUGAUAUCCCGAAUGAGAGACUCGGAUCCCACCGUAAGGCUUACAGCUUACACGAAACUGUCCAGAGUGAGCAUAAAACGGAUCAAGAUCGUCGAUAGACAAUUGAUAUUGAAUUGCGGUUUGACCGAGAAGGAGGAGUCGAUUAGAAAAUGCUUCGUGAAUAGCCUCUUACCCAAUUGGGUGUUGGGCAACAGGGGCGAUUACUUGGCGUUCUUGAAUUGCUUGAAAUACGACGGAGAUGAAGCCGAUAUGUAUAACACUGAUAAACUUAUUAAGGAAACUUUGAAGCUCAUGUUGCGAGACGUUCCGGUAGGUGAUAUGUUGAAAUGUUUAUCGCUAAAGGAAGACACGAAAUUGCCCGAGAGGCCUUUAACCUACGAGUUAUCGGUUUUGUGGUGUACUGUAGUGAAGCAUAUGAGACUUGUAGAAGGUGAUACAAUGGCGAUUUUUAACGAAAAUAUCACCAGUCUUACGUUGUUGUGUAAUUACAUCGAACGGUUUUUAUUAGACAAUUCGAAGGAAUUGGAGGUGUUAGAUCGUACGUUUAUUUUAUAUAAUCUAUUCGAGAUAGCCGAAGGGUACGAUUUUAGCGAUGUGAUCGGUCGAAAUACACUCCGCGAGUUGUUAUUGGUUUAUUUACAAACGCCCGAUAGACCGUUUAAACUAACAGAAUUCGCCGUUAGGAUGCUCUACAAAGUUUUAUUGAAAAAAGAUGACUUUAUAACGACGAUUUGCAACGUUCUAUUGAAUUAUCAGGAACGUUUCGAGGAGUUUUCUUCGCAAGAAACCGCCAGUUCGAUAAAGUUAAAAGAGGAAGCUAAAUAUAAUUGCUUAUGUUUGGACGUUGUGAUGGCGGCGUUAAAAGUGAAAGAAAUCUCAUCGAUGGAUCCGUUUUUGAGGAGAAUCUUCGACGAAUUCGUCGUGCCUCUAUUGAAGAGCUCUAACGAAGAAGUACACGGAAAAUUGGUGGAUUGCGUCGCUUUGUAUAUGCUAAUCGACGAGAAAUUGGCCAAGGAACAUUUGAAAUUUAUAUGUUUUCCCAUUCUAUGUUAUAAAGCUACCUCGAAUUACAAUCAACACGUGCUGGUUUCGUCUAUUAACGCGAUAUGCGAUCUGUACAGAGUAUGGGGUACCAGUUUGUACAACGAACAAGAUUCUCCGAAUACUAAUAACGAAAAGAGCACAAAUAGAAGAAGAUUGUACAGCAGCAGCGAUGAAUCCGAGGAGAAUCAAGAUCGUGUGUUUGGUAUGCAAUUGAAAAUCGAUAAAAUAGUGGAGAUGAUUUUAGAUAUCAGCGAUGACGAGUCGAACGAGAUCAAAGAGGCCUCAUUGUUGGCUCUAAAGAAGCUCAUCGUGGCGAAUUAUCCCGUCUCUCCCGCUCUAUUUACUCGGCUCAUAUUGAAGUACUACAAUCCCUUGACUUUUAAAUCGUCGAGUUGUUGCAAGUACAUCAUCAGCGAUAUCAUAACGGUGUUGCCGCAAUGUAAAAACAUGUUUGCGACGUUUUCCGAAUCGAUUAUACCGAUUUUUAGGGGUGUAGUUAACGCCCCAUCGAAUAGCCCUUUGAGGACUGUAGAUGGGAAUAAUUUAACGAAGUUUCUGGGUUCGAUGUUACAGGCGCAAUCGGAUAAGAAUCCGGACGUGAUUUGGUCAGAUUUGAUUUUUACGAUGAUUAAAGAGGCGAGAAGUUGUAAAAAUAACGCGAUGGUUUCGUUUAUUUCGAAGAUGGUUUUGCAAAUGGAGCUCAAGAGUUUAAAUGCAUCGGUUAUUAAGGAAAUCAAAGUGCAAUGCGAUGCACUUUUAGAGACAACGAAAUUGGACAAGUUUACUGGCAAAAAUUUCGCGAAAUUCAAUGAGAAUUUGGACAAACUGAUGCGAAACGAAAACGAUUCGAAUCCGACGGAUAGUUGCAAUAAUAUUGAUAAUACAAGAAUAAAUAACGGAGUAUUAAAGAAAACUCGCGAGAUUAUUAUACCGUUGAAAAACUUGAGUAUAAGCGAAACGCAAUCUGAUAAUUCGGAUAUCUCGAGCACUGAGCAAGUGAGCGAAGAGGAAAUUAACAAUUCGAAUUCAAAGAUAUCGAAGGAUUCCACUUGUAAGGAUAAAGAAGAUAAAGAAGAAGAAGAAACGGGGAAUAACUCGCAGAAAAGGAAAUCGAAAUGCGACGAAUCAUCGGACGAUUCGAAUAUAGUGCAAUCGAGUCAAGAUUCUUACAUAACUCGAGGCCUUGUUAGAAGUAAUUUGAACGGUAAAAGAAGAAAAGCCGUACAAAAUGUUCAAUUAUCUGAUGAUGCCGAUGUGAUACCGGCCACUCAGGAAGAGGCCACGAUAAAUGGUGCUCGUAGAAGAGUAACGAGGUCCUCUGCGAAGAGUAGAAACUUGGAUAAACGAAAGGAUAAGAUAGAUGAUUUACAACCAAAGACGAAGAAAGCGAAAAUUAAAAGCAAAUAG